AUGAGAGAUGUUGAUAAGGAUAUGGAUAGAUUUGAGACAUAUCGUGAUUUAAAGUUGCGUUGGAAACGCACUACGAAGUCGCGCAAAAAUAGAAUACGACUGGCGCGUAAAUGGCGACAGCCAAGAUAUGUAAACCCCGUCAACCCACCGACAUGUAUGUUCGUGCUACAUGAAAGGUUGCCACAGACACGAUCUAUUCGUGGUUAUGGCCGUAAAACACCGUGGGAAAUGGAUGAAUACGCAAAAGAGUCACGGACAAGCACGAGUGACGAAAUCAUUAUGGAUCAAUCGCAGAACUUCGAAGUGCUCCCACCGGAGGAAGUAUUACAACAACUUAGAGACGGGACAGCGGAAACAUUUUGCGUUUUCAAGUCAUCACACUUGCAUCAACAUAAAGUCACCAAAGGAGAUAUCGUGCAAAUAGAACGGCUACGUAGACGUUCAGCAGGAGAUAAGGUAACCUUCGGUACGGUGUUACUAGUGGGUUCGCGUGAUUGGACCAUUAUCGGCAAGCCCACGGUCCCUUAUGCAAAAGUAGAGGCAACAAUAGAACAACAGACACUAUGUGGUGAGCAGCUAAGCUUUCGUUAUCGCAAAUCACGCCGCAUUUCGCGGUUCCUUAGAGUGAGGCACUGGGUGACGAUUUUGCGUAUAGAUAAUAUCGUGGUUGACCCUUACAUGCGAGUUAACACAGCUCCUGUAAAGCCACUGAGGCUCCUUGACCUAUGGGCUAAUCGAUGGUUGUAUGAGGAGGAGCUGGAAGGUGUAAAAUAUUCUGGUGAACGUACAGUUGCAGAGGAAAUAUACGACGGGUCAGAACCACAUCCAGGGAGCUACAACAGACUCGGACUUACAGACUCAUAUCGGUAUCACCCUGACCCUUAUGCCAACACUUAA